AUGGAGCUGCCUUCGUUCGACCUUCUGUGGCGAACCUCGGAACAGUUGGAUGAGCUUGAGUCUGUAUUAGAACAGAUUGAUCGAGUCGCAUCACAUAAAAAACUUCGUUCAAGAAGGCGUUUGCAUAGACGUCGUGAAGGUCUUUACGGAGUGACCUUCGAUAUUGAGGAUCGUGACUAUUAUGAACCGAUCAAGUAUUGUUGUGACGAAGCUUUCUACACAGAACCCGAGUACAAUGAACAUGUAGCAAAUCACCAACCGGUGCACAGUGGUGGGCUUUACGAUCAAAUAUAUCGGGAGACAUCAGACAAGGGCAUUUUAGAAUGGCGAGCGGCGCGAAGACGGAACUACCCCACUCUGGAACGUGCAGCUGUGAAACGCGAAUUGUUAGCCCAGCGACUUGCUCGUGGACAGGUGUUCAAGACAGCCGAAUUCGGCACAGUGAAACGCAACCACCCUCCUGUAUUGUCCGAACGUGACCUUCACUCUGUUGCUCCGUCGUCAUCGCCUUCAUCGACCGCAGCGUGUCAAGCAGAAGAGGCACUUUCAACACACACACAGUUUGGUUCAGUAAGCCCCGGGCCAAAAGCAAAAUCGACAACGUUGCCACACAGUUCCCAAUUUUCGCCCGACCCAGAGAAACCCGAGAGUCCUCUCCUUCCGAGUCUUGUGGCUGCGGACUAUGACAGUGCCAAUAGCGACACUGACGAUAAAGCUGCUGACAAACAGCUUGUCGGAAAUACAGAAACUUGUGAAACUGUGGAACCCCUACCAAACCCCCCUACCAAAUCAUCUCGCGGCCGUCGUCAACGUGGUGGUCGACGUCGAACUGCAAAACGUUCGCGAACACUCACGAAAGCGGAGGACAAGUUCGCCUCUGCAGACGAAGGUUUUCCCCCUCCACCACCCUCAGAAAAAGAUCCUUUCUCAUCUCAUCCUGUUGUGCAAAUGGCCAUGAAGCGUCGCAUUGUUUCAAAGAACCCUAAUCGAAUUCACAGCCGUCCAACGCUCCUACAUAUGCUCCUGGCCGACGAAAUGCGGACAGAAAGAAACCAACUUAUGCAAUGCGUUCGUUACGUGGUGAAGCACAAUUAUUUUCUAGAGCGCGAAGAGGACAAGAUGCAAGCAUGUGAUCUUGGAAUUUGCGAUACAUAAAAUGCCUUUGUACAGAGAUAAUCUACUGACGCAAAUACGUGAUUUUUCUCCAUUUGAUUGGGGGUUGUACACUUCUCGUGUCAUUGACUGGGAUCCUGGGAGUUUGGGAUUACUGGUGAAUAUCUGUUGACGUGCCUUCGCAUUCUGUUACCACGUCUAGACGCUACGUGUACUCGUGUGCCGCCAUGUGCCGCCUUAGAACGGGACCGUUUGAGGUUGCAGUUAUAUCGACGCCCAGCACGCAUUGUCACCUUGCGACGGCGUUUGCACACUGCUGCUGGGAAGGACCGGUGGAAUGCAACCGCUGGUGAGGGGCCGAAAUGACUGAGUUGAUUAAGUGUCUCAAAGAACGAUGGUGGACGCACGUCUACCUCAGUUGGGGUAAUGCACGUCUUGAAUGCUUCGUUCGCUGGCUUAGUGUUAUUGUGCCACCAGCGAAAACAUUGAGCAGAACAAAUCGCGGGUUGUCCGGGACAUGCUGGACAAGCCAUGGUGGCUGCGGCCUCGCAACCUGUUUGCACUCGUAAGUGGCAAGCGGUACAAGGAACCUGGCUGGAUAGAUCGUCAGGUGAUCUUAAUCCCGUCGCCAAAUCUGGAUGCAGAGUUCCCAGUGCGACCAAUCGAUGCCUUUUUGUAGGUUGACGGACAUUAUCCGUUGGGACGGUCGCGUCAUUGUUUGCAGCUUCUGGUGGGAAGAUUCCGUGGCCGUCGGAGGUGUUGGCUGAUGGAUCUGUAUCGGGAGUAGAAGACGCCGUGGAAGCUGGACCCGGAGCAUCCAGUGGCAUAAAACUCUGGCUGGGGACUGCUGCAUCUUCUUGAGUUCCCAGUUCUCUAUCACCUGA